AGCUCCGAAGAUGGCCGACCACGCUUUUGCGGGUACCAGUGGCAACUCAUCUUUGCGGGGUCUACGAGAACGCUUGGUUGCCGUAGCUCAAGAACUAGCUGAAGAACGGCGACGUAAACGUGGUAUUAAUUCUUCUGCAGUUACUUCUAAGAGAUCGUCGUGUACACCUGUUUUAGAUGGUUCCGUCCUUAAAAAUGACAUCAAACAGCAAUUAGCCAAAGAACGCAGGGAAGAGAGAAAACGCCAACAAGAAGCCAACAAGGAGAAACAACUGCUUGAAAAACAACAGAAAGCGAAGCUACAGUAUGAAAAACAGUUGGAAGAAAGACACCGCAAACUGAAAGAACAAAAGGAAAAGGACGAGCGACGCCGAGUAUCUGCAGAAGAAAAAAGAAAACAGAAACAGGCGGAAGACAAAGAAAAAUUUAAGGCGGUAGUGUCCCGUACAAUGGAGAGGUGCAAUCGUGCUGAUCAGCGACAGAAGAGGUGGUCCUGGGAGGGGAGUGUGAUCAACGCUGACAAAACUGGAAAAACGGAAAGUAAACGAAGCUCUUCUCUGAAUAGAAAAGACAAUCAUUUACAUCCCAAUGUUGAUGAGGAACACGUGGACACUACGCCUGGCAUGACCAAAUAUGUUUUCCGCUAUGUUACUGCACCAGUAUUUACUAGUGAUGGGUUAAAGUCUUCUGCAAUAUUCUGUAAGUCAUCAUUAAAAAUGCCACUUCCAGCCAAAUUAGAAAUCACACCGACAAAGAAAAUCGAAACAUCUCUCAAGGAAAACAUGGAAAGAUCAGCAAAGGCGAAUGCAGAAAUGCCACCCAAGAUGAACAUGGAAGAACCCACACAGGCAAACCUGGACGGACCAUCUAAGGCUGAUGCGGAAAUGGCACUACAAAACAUAGCGGACAUCUCUGAUGCUAAGGUGGACAUUUCCCCCAAGGUGAAUAUUGAAGGACUCACUGAUGGGAGCUCGAUGAAGCACCCUGAAUCAAAUGCUGAAGAAUUCCCCCAAAUGAAUGUGGAUGCUUCUUCAAGUGUUGAACCAUUCCCCAUUGUGAGCGAGGAUUCAUCCCCAGUUCUGAGUACCAGAUCAUCCUCUGUUGUGAGUGUAGAAAUAUCGCCUGUUGUGAGCAUAGAUAGCUCGCCAGAAUUAAGUUUGGGCUCGGCAAGUGCUGUGCCCUCGGAAACACUCAUAGAAACAUCUCAGACUUCUCUUAAGACCAGCGGGGAAUUAAACCUUGAGGCCAGUAUAAAAGCACAGCCUGAGACAAAUGUUGAAGGACCACCCCAGAACUCAGAACUGGACAACACACGAAGUGUAAACCUUACCACCAAGAAACAGCAGCCAUCACAUAUACCGUGUUACAGAUGGCCGUCAUCGCCUGCAGGCGGGUGGCGCCCGCCUUCUCCCAUGAAGGCUGUCAGGCAGAAUCAAAGGAUCCGACCUCCAUCCCCUCUACCAGUCUCAAGAAUAUCAUCAAAGACUUCUCUUUCGUAUAAAAUAACCCCAGUUCAGAAUAUCCUGUAUGUGCCGAAUGCAUUAGGAACAAUAACAAAGACAAAAGAACCCGUUCAAAAGCAUAUGAUUAACAGAGAAUCUGGUAAUAAAAGUGUGCCAAGCAGUGAAGCAGCCAUGAAAGUUUCGAUAGAGAUACGCCAUGCAGCUUAUGAGCAAAAAGACAAAAAGGAGAAAGAAAGAGACCAGCGAGAAGAGACAAAGCAAAAUAUUUCUAGAAAAUCAGAAGGUAUGGUAGAGAGAGUGGAUAAAAUCCCAUUAGAAGAAUCCUCACCCUACAAAGAGGAGCAGCAAGAAAAAGAUCUGACAAGGAGACAUUUUGAGCCACCGGAAGACCAGAAAGAACGGCUACAGAAAGGGGACACCACCACGGUGAAAUCUCAGGACAGUGCUCAAAGUAGACAGAAGGAACAGGAAAGAAUUACGUUACAAAAUUUGCAAGAAAGAUUAGAAAGGAGAAAGAGGGUUGAGGAAAUAAUGAAGCGGACAAGGAAGACAGAUGUGAAUACCUCAAAGGAGUUUUUGCCUACUCUGAGCAGGAGUCCUUUGGAGACUUCAGAAAUAUCUGAUAAUUGCCCAUCCGAAGAGGAUGAAGCGGAUGAUGAAGGAGAAACAGAAAGCGAUGGGGACUCCCUGGAGAUGCUUCCAUCAGGAAUGAAUACGGCACUUAGCAAACUGAAAAAGGUUCACAAAAACACCAAGAGGAAGCCUCAAAAGCUAGUGUUUAUGCAAGCAGGAUCUGGUGAGCUUGACUCGGAGAAGAAAGUCUAUUUCAAUGGGAACAUGAAAGCUAUCAAACAAAACGACCCAAAAGAAUCUACAAGUCAAACAAAGGGCACUAAGACACUUACCAAAAAGCAACCUACCAGAACAGUGAGGAGCAGAAAAAUAAGAGACACCAACCCCACCAUGCGAUCUGCAGUGAGCGUCACUACCAAUCAGGAGUGGGUCUGUGACAAAGUUAUAGACCUUAGUCACACCGCCGAAUCACCUGUCCCAAAGACCACUGCUGAGAGCAACAAAGAAGAUUCAAAGGAUUCGGUGACAGCUUGCCAAGGCCCUCAGGUACCACUGGACCCUAAGAAACGAAGCAAACCUAUUCCUUUGAAGAAAGUUUUCUCAAACCUUCAUUUAGCUGGAAGUUCAAGUGAGCUUGAAAACCCUAUUGCCCCCAAUUGUUCCUGGAUGGCAUUUGGAAGAGGCGAAGAAGACAGUGAUACAUAAACCCCCGUGGAGCCUGGACGGUUGCCAUCUUCCACCCCAUAUUAAAACUCCUAAGGCCAAGACUCAAAAAGUGUCUCCAUCAUACUUGAAACUGGCAACGGAAUUUACAAUCAAAAAGAAAGGAAAACAAAGAAUCCCAUCCAAUAGUCACCUCAACACCUACUUAAGAGAAUGUUAAUAUCACCUUGUUCUCUAGAAAGAAUUUUGAGUAAAGAGGUUAUUGUUUUCCUUAGAAAACAUCUAUAUUGUCUCUUCGUUGAUUUUUUUUUCAUUAAAUGAUCAUUUUCAGUCCUCCAAAAAAUUCUAUUAAAGGAAUAUCUCUAUUCCAGGAUCUAUUUGAAACCCUAAAAUAG